AUGGUGUAUGAUUAUCAAGAUCGGGGCAGCGUAUCUAGAUUCUUACACGACAAGACAGGCGCUGAUUGGAGACCUUUGGACUGGGAGGCUCGACUUAAAAUUGUUGUGGGUGCAGCAAAGGGUAUUGCCCACAUCCACAUACAAGAUGGUGGGAAAUUUGUGCAUGGAAAUAUAAAAUCGUCAAACAUAUUCCUAAACAGUCAAAAAUACGGGCUUGUAGCGAAUGCUGGAUUGGCAAAACUGGUGGAGCCUAUCAGAAGGCUAGUUGUGCGAAAUUUAGGACAAUUUGCCCCAGAAGUGAAUGACACGAGCAACGUGUCACAAGCUUGCGAUGUGUAUAGUCUUGGGGUUUUGCUGCUUGAACUUGCCACGGGAAGGCCAGCCCAGCACACGAAUGAAGAAGGUGAUGUCGUCUCACUGGUUAGGUGGGUUCAAUUGGUUGUUCUUGAAGAAUGGAGUGACGAAGUGUUUGAUGUGGAGAUUCUUAGGUAUAAAAAUGUGGACGAGGCAAUUGUACAGUUGCUGCAGAUAGCGAUGGAAUGCGUUGCUUUUUCACCGGAAGGAAGGCCUAGGAUGUUUGAAGUAGUGAAGGUGUUGGAAGAAAUUAGCAAUGGGAUUAAUAGAGGGGAGAAGGCAUCCAUUCAAUCAAGAUUGGAAGAUGUAAUGGAAGAUUUAUUGCCUCGGAUACAUCAUGGUUUUUAA